AUGGAUUAUAUGAACCUGGGUGUUAAAUCCAGGAAAACUGGUAUAAAUGCUAAACAAAGGACAAGAGAUGAAUAUUCUAUGGAAAAUAUAGAUGAUUAUUUCAAUGACGAUGAUACUGUGAGUUCAAUUGUUUCCCAACCUAGAAGGAGACACUCCAGGAAGUCAUCAUUGUUAAUUAUAGAUAAUAAUAAUAGUAUUGUUGAUACUAGCAAUGGUGAUGAUAAUAAUAAUAAUAAGGGUGGAACCCUUUCUAAUACGGACAACGAAGGUUUUAGAAUACCCAAUACCCCUAUAAUAAACUCCAGAAGAACUUCGCAAUUGCAUUCAUUCAAUUCAGUUAAUGAUUUUGAUCCAAUACUUGAAGAAGGUCCACAAGAUGAAUCUAUAUCUAAUUUAGGAUCACCUCCUAUCCUGAAUCAGCGAAGGUAUGUUCCUGAAAAUGACAAUGAUCAGUCAAUGAUUAGAUUGACGCCAGAAAAGAGACAGAAACCAGACUAUAGAGAUGUUCCAGAUCUAGUAGCAGACGAUGACGAAGACGCAAAUACUACACGAGAUAAUACUUCUUUCAACACUUCAGAUAAUGCAAUACUUGAAGACGAAUUAGGUGAUGACUAUGAACUAAUUAGUGAAGAAGAUAGAGAUUACAUUUUAGGAGAUUCAUCAAUUGAUGAAGGUUCUUCAACUACAGAUAAUAGUGAUAAUGAUAAUAAUUCUAGUGUUGAAGGGGACAAUGCUAAUGAAAUUAAUUCAAGUAUAGUAGAAGAAGAAGAAGAAGAAGAAGAUGAUGAUGAUAAUGAAGAGAUAUCGUUACCAAGGAGUUAUAGAUCUAAUGUUCCUGUCAGUUCUGAUGAAGAGUUCCCUAAUUCAAAUGAAAAUGAAUUUACAAGUAAUAAAGAUGAUAAUGAUGGUUUAAGAAGGUCAAGUAGAGUUAAAGUAGCACCAUUGGAAUAUUGGAGAAAUGAAAAAAUCGUUUACAAGAGAAAAUCUAAUAAGCCACAGUUGGAUAUAGAAAAAAUUAUUACAUAUGAUGUUGUUGAUGAGGACGAAGCUGAGGCAGAAGAAUUUCAAAGACAAAGGAAGAAGAAAAAGGCAGCAACAAGAACAAGACCUUAUAACUAUGUUCCAACUGGUAAACCAAGAGGUAGACCAAGGAAGACACCAAACUAUGACCCGAAUGGUAUGAAUCCAAACAAAGAAAUUCUUGAUGAAAUUUCUUCAGGUUCAAUCCAUUCUGCAAAUUGGUUAAAGAAAGGUAUCUUGCAAACAAAUGUCAAUGUAAAUCUUAAUACAAAAGGUGAUGAAAUUGUGGGUUUUGGUCCAAACAUAGCACAAUCAGCACAAUCAAAGGAAACGAAAGAAGAAAACUAUUCACUUGAAGUGAUGUUUGAUAAGCAUAAGGAACAUUUUGCAAGUGGGAUGUUAAAAUUACCCAUUCACGCAAAAAAAAAAUUAAGUGACUCCUAUAAUACCUUCAUGACUUUUUAUAUUAUCCAGGGCAUUGUAGAGGUGACACUAUCAAAUAAUAAAUUUAUAAUGACUGAAGGUUCAACCUUACAAGUUCCUGCUUUUAACGAGUAUGCAUUCGAAAAUAUUGGACGAAAUGAAGUAAAGAUGUUUUUUGUUCAGGUGUCUGUUCCUGAAGAUUUCAACAGUGAUCCAAAUAGAAAGGUUUCUUCUGUGUCUAGUAUAAUGGAGAGUGAAGAUGAAGAGGACGGAGAGGAAGAUGAAUUCAGUUUAAAAACUGAUAACAAUCUAAAAGAAACUAGAAAUGAAAAGAGUGAAAAUAAUUCACCUGUACCAAGCAACAUGUCAUUAGGAAGUACAAUGAGUUUGUCUGAAAUCUAA